AGGCCAAUUCUUCUUCUUCCAUUUAUAACCUAAGCAACAUCACCGUUUCGACCUUCAUCUCCAUUGCCAGAUUUCUACUUCCCUGCAUAGCAGACUUUCGCCAAUUGCCAUCACCACCUUCGUCUUACCCUUCUUGCGCACGGGUAGAGAGCAGGAGGGGAGAGAGGGAGAUAGCGGUCGGAACAGAGAAGGAGAUGACCAGGCUUGGCACCGAAAAUUCAACGCCAUCUUAGCUUCGUUCCGUAAUACGUGUUCUUCAAUCAAUUGAGUAUACUUCCUCUAAGGCCUAAGGGAAAACCAGCUUUCACUAAGCUACGAAACACUCGUGAAUAUCAACAGUGAGUCUAAAAAUGGAAAUUUGAUCAGAAAGAACGGCAUUAAAAUUUAUAACAGAGAUGGGACGCAACAAGAUUUGAGAAUUGCAAAACAUACGAUUUAUGGUUCCAAUUGGAGAUUCCUGCAAUUAAACCGGAACUAGACCUGUAGCUGGGAUUUCCUCCGCCGGACAAACAAAAGCUGCUCCACAUUCGAACUAGACCUUCCAGGUUUGAACGACACCAAAUGAUGAGUGGAAGAAGUGCGCAAAAGCUAACAACAGUUGAUGCCCUUGCAUACUUGAAGGCUGUGAAAGAAAUAUUUCGAGACAAAAGGGAGAAAUAUGAUGAGUUUCUUGAAGCUAUGAAGGAUUUCAAGGCUCAAAGGAUUGACACAUCUGGUGUCAUAGCAAGGGUAAAAGAUCUAUUUAGAGGGCAUAGAGACCUAAUUUUGGGUUUCAAUACCUUUUUGCCGAAGGGAUACGAGAUCACCCUUCCACAGGAAGAUGAACUAACUCCCUUGAGGAAACCCGUGGAGUUUGAUGAAGCAAUUAAUUUUGUUAACAAGAUAAAGGCUAGAUUCCAAGGUGAUGAUUAUGUAUAUAAAUCUUUUCUUGACAUUUUAAACAUGUAUAGAAAAGAAAGUAAAUCAAUAGCAGAGGUUUACCAGAGGGUUGCCUCUCUUUUGCAUGAACACCCUGACUUACUUGAGGAGUUCACCCAUUUUCUACCUGACACUUCUGCAACCACCCGUGCCCGUUAUAACUCCAAUAGAACACAUGCCUUGCACUGGGAUGUUAAAAGUUCUCCCUUAACAAGGGGGAAACCCUUGAAUGAUGAAAAGAAGGCCAUUGCUUCACAUGCUGAUUAUGACCUCAGUGAGGAUCAAUCUGACCCAGAACAUGAGAAAACCAUGCUUAGGGCUGACAAAGAUCUAUACAGACGUGUGGAAAAGGAAAAAAUAGACGAAGAACAUAAUGAGAAAAGGGCAGAAAGGAAUUCAGUGACAGAUAACUUUCAUCAAGGAUCCCCAUUGAAUGAUGGGAAAAUUCCUCCAACUAUGAAACCAGAGAGGGAUAGAUACCGGGACCGCCCAUGGGAAGAUAGAAACAAGGAUUUUAAUACCAGGGAGCAUGAUAGACAUGACAGCGGUGCUGCUUUUGGAAGUAGAGAUUUACAUGGGCAGAAGAUUCCUUUUUUGAGUAAGGACAAGUAUCUGGAAAAUCCAAUUCAUGAACUUGACCUCUCUAAUUGUGAGCAUUGCACUCCAAGUUAUCGACUUCUCCCAGAAAAUUAUCCAAUUCCUAUAGCAAGCCAGAGAACAGAGUUAGGUGCACAAGUAUUGAAUGAUCAUUGGGUAUCUGUUACUUCUGGCAGUGAAGAUUAUUCUUUCAAACAUAUGAGGAAAAACCAGUACGAAGAAAGCUUGUUUCGAUGUGAAGAUGACAGGUAUGAACUGGAUAUGUUGUUAGAGUCAGUGAAAGUGGCAACAAAACGUGUAGAAGAAGUGCUAGACAAGAUUAAUGAUAAUACAAUCAAUCUUGACACUCCUUUUCGCAUUGAAGAUCAUUUUACUGCCCUCAACCUAAGAUGCAUUGAACGACUAUAUGGUGAUCAUGGACUUGAUGUGAUUGAUGUGCUAAGGAGGAAUGCCCAUCUUGCUCUGCCAGUCAUUCUCUCCCGCUUGAAGCAGAAACUAGGAGAGUGGGAAAACUGUCGUUCUGAUUUUGAUAAAAUUUGGGCUGAAAUUUAUGCUAAGAAUCAUUACAAAUCACUGGAUCAUCGCAGCUUCUAUUUCAAGCAACAGGACACAAAGAACUUGAGUACUAAAGCCUUGGUGGCAGAAGUCAAAGAAAUCAGUGACAAAAACUGUGAAGAGGAUUAUGUGCUUCUGUCUAUUGCUACUGGAACUAGAUUGCCAAUUAGUCCCCACCUGGAAUUUUCAUUUACUGAUCCGAACAUCCACCUGGAUGUAUUCCGGCUCAUAGAACACUCGUGUGGGGAAGUAUGCAUCACUGAACAGCUUCAUAAAAUUACAAAAAUUUGGUCGGCACUCGUGGAACCAAUGCUUGGUCUUCCCUCUUGCUUUCAAGGUGAAGAUGGUGGGAAACGUGCUUUAAGAAGUGACCAUCUUGUCCCUGGUGGUAUAAAUUGUACAAUUGAGGGAAAUGAUGGUAAUACUGCUAGUGUUAGUGGAAAUGAUAUUACUUCGAGACAGCUGGACACUGCUGGAAAUAGGGGUGAAGAUCCUCCUGCUGAGCACUCAAGUUCAUCCAGAGUUCGCCUAGCUACUGCUGAUGACAUGGUAAAAGAUAAUGUUGCUCAUGAUGCCGGUGAGAAUGAGCUUGCUGCGAUACAAAUGCCAUCAUCUGGUCUCAUCAAAGAAGUAAAGGAAUGUUUCUCAAAGAUUAAGGAAGACCAUGGCGAAGUUCCUAAAACUAUUGAAGAUGAUGAAAAGUUUAAAGUGGAGAGAGAGGAGGGCGAAUUGUCUCCAAAUAUUGAUGAAGACAAUACUAGAGAGGAACUUACAAAUAAUCCAUACGAAAGGAAACAUGAAGCUGAAAAUGAAAAUACUGUAAGGCCGUCACAGAGUAGCGGGAGUGGAUCAAAAAACAUAGAUGCUUCAGCAAGUGAGCUUGCAGACAGAGAAUUUCCCAACCAAAUAGACCAUAAUAAUGAGAAUGAUUGCAAGGUUGAGAGCGAUGGUGAGGUGGAAGGAAUGGAUGUAAUGCCAUCUCUAGAACUCGCAGUGCAGGCAACUAAGCCUCUUGGAACCAAGAUCUCCUCUCUGGGACUGCAUGAUGAGGGCUCACGAAUCUUCUAUGGAAACGUUUCUUUCUAUGUGCUGUUCAGACUUUACCAGAUAUUGUAUGAAAGAAUCCAGAAAGCAAAAAUACAAUCUUAUUCGGAUGAAAACAGGCAAAGAAUAUCAAAUGAUGGAAAUCCUGAUCCAUUUCUCAGAUUUAUGAAUAACGUGUUUGGUCUAUUGGAUGGUUCCUGUGACAAUGCAAAAUUUGAGGAUGAAUGCCGAGCAAUUAUUGGAUCUCAGUCCUAUAUUCUCUUCACCUUAGAUAAGCUGAUAUAUAAAAUAGCCAAGCAGCUUCAAACAAUAGCAACCGAGGAGAUGGAGAACAAACUACUUCAACUGUACAUUUAUGAAAAAUCAAGAUCGUCAGCCACAUUCUGCGAUGUUAUUUAUCAUGAAAAUGUGCGUCUUCUUUUUCCCAACGAGAACAUCUACCGAAUAGAAUGUUCAUCUUCUGCUCCAACACGCGUAUCCAUCCAGCUCAUGGACCCCGAAUACGAUAAGCAUGAAGUGGGUGGUGGUGCUAUUGAGCAACACUUUGCUUCUUACCUUAGCGGAUUUCUCUCAUCUGAACCCGAAAAACCCAAAUUCUUUCUGAAUAGAUAUAAGCGAAAGUUUGGGUAUGAAGAUGAAUCUUCUUUUAAAACUAAGGCAAUGGAUGAAGUUCUAAUGGUCAAUGGUCUUGAAUGCAAGAUUUCUUGCAAAACAAUGAAGGUGUCAUAUGUUUUGGGCACAGAAGACUUUCUAUUACGGAAGAGAAAGAAGAGGAAAACCGAUCAACUGAGUAACCAAACAUCCACACAGUAAAGCUUGCUGACACAAAAAAAAAAGGAAGGCUGGCUAUUGCUUUUUUUUAAAUAUAAAUAGAAAUGUUUUUUCUUAUAGGUAUUUUUUUCACCAUAGUCAAUAAGAACAGAAUACUCUGAAUAUCUCAUAUGGUAAAAAAAAAUGUGCAGCUGUAACUUAUAACCUUCCUGUUGUGUAAAAAUAAAAAAAUAAUUGAAAUCUGUAAAUUAUGCUCAAGUAAUUCAAUAUACAAAUUCCUUUCUAAUUUUGGGUUGU